UCGCGCGAGGACGAUCGAAUCCGAAAGAGAACCGCCCAUUGCCGGAAGCUCUCGCAUCCUCAAAUCGCCGCCGCGAUUCCGAUCACCACCGCCUCGUCCGCCGCCGCCGCCGGGCUAAGCUCGCCGGGGGAGCCAUGUCGCGGUCCAUGAGCAUGAGGUUGAGCAUGAGGUCGCGCCGCGACCUGCCCCCUCCCCAGCAGACAAUCCAAAAGCUUGAGAAUAUGGUGGCUGGAGGAAAUUAUUAUGAAGCCCAACAAAUGUACAAGUCAACAGGUGCAAGGUACAUUGCUGCUCAGAAGUAUUUGGAAGCCUUGGACAUCCUUCAGUCGGGAGCUUUAGUUCAACUGAAGCAUGGGCAGGUAACUUGUGGUGGUGAACUCGCUAUAAUGUUUGUGGACACCCUUGUCAAGGGAGCGUUUCCUUGUAAUGAAGAAACCUUUGAUCGUAUCAGAAAUAUAUACGACGCCUUCCCAAGGAUAUCUAUACCACAUUUCCUUGGAGAUGAUUAUGAUGAUGAUGGGCAGAAAUUAUCUGAAGCUAUUUCUGCUGCAAAAGUUCGUGCUGAGAGUUGUUCAUCAUUCAUGAGAGCUGCUAUCAGGUGGUCUGCUGAGUCUGGGACAUCAAGAAAUGGAUCUCCUGAGCUUCAUGUUAUGUUGGCUGAAUACAUAUAUUCUGAAUCUCCAGAAACGGACAUGACUAAAGUGUCAAGCCAUUUUGUGAGGGGAAAUGACCCUAAAAAAUUCGCCUUUAUGCUGGCGAACUUUAUGGGAAAGUGCUACCCUGGCGAAGAUGAUACCGCAAUUGCACGUGGUGUCCUAAUGUAUCUUUCACAAGGGAAUCUUAGGGAUGCAAAUUUGCUCAUGGACGAGCUGAAGGAUCAACUAAAAUCUGCUGACCUGGAACUCCCGAAAACAGAUUUAGUUCAGUUCAUUAAGUAUCUCUUACCAACGCUUGAAAGAGAUGCUUACCCUCUUUUUAGGACAUUGCGGCAGAAGUACAAGACAAGUACAGAUCGUGACCCUGUGUUUGAGGAGUUAUUAGAUGAAAUAGCUGCAAAAUUUUAUGGCAUACGGAGUCAGAGCCCUUUGGAAGGGCUUUUUGGUGACAUGUUUAAGAUAUAACGAUGAGAAAAGAAUUCCACCAUAAUUGUUCCAGCACAAAGCUCCGGACGGGCAUUUUGUUCGCUAAUACAAUUUUGCUGCUGGAAGAUAACCGCUGGUCGCCCGGAAAGAGCAUUAGAACAUGUUCUGCUGCUGCCUUCCUCAGUCAUGAUCAUCUGAGGCCAUACAUUUAGCUCCAAACUGCAUAUGCUCCAGAUACCACUGAUCCCUUGUAAAAACAUUUAAUGGAUUUUAUUGGUUUCUAAUUUCACCACCAUCUUUUUGUUUCUGCUUAUGCUUAUAAGCUAAAAUUUAAAUUUUCAAGCUUAAGUUUGGAGUUGAUUUUUGGAU